AUGUACAAGGGAAAAUCAACAGCAACUAACAAAUCUGAUGAUGCAGAAAGCCGUCGACGUAUUAAUAUCCAACAGAUGCAAAAUGUUCUUCUAAUCUGGUUAGACAGUAACAUUGAUGAAACGAAUGAUGAUUGUCAAAAUACAAUCACAAAAUUACGACGCGCUGUUAACGAUGUCAAUACAUAUACAAAUGGUGAUCAAUGCCUUGAAUUCGUUCAAACCAUUGUCGACAAAAAAGUAUGUAUGAUUAUAUCUGGAUCACUUGGACAACAUUUUGUACCUCGUGUGCACAGUAUGUCUCAAAUUGAUUCAAUAUUUAUCUUUUGUAACAACCGAAAACAUCAUGAACAAUAG